AAGCUGUAUGGUGACAGCAGAAAGCUCUUUCACAGGCAGCACACCGUUUGCAAAAUUCAAGUCCUGCUCUUUCUGACUGUCAUCGUUCGUGCGAGCUCACAUCAGAGAGGGGAGCUCCCGCUACCAGCUACUAGUCGAGACAGCUGACCUCAGCUUUUCAUUUCGCUCGGUUUUGUUUUAAUCUUGGCUGGCCAGAGCCCAGUUACUGUUCCCCAAGUGUCUUUGCUUCCGCAGGAGAGUUCCUCAUCCUGUAUCCCAGGUUUCCGGGCUGGGCUGCCAGUGGAGAUAAAAAGUGCCUGGAAGAUCUCAGGAACCACCUGCCUGUGCUUAGAGCCCCAGGCCCCGUGCGAGUCCUUGGAUCUGGUACCACCCUCUUGAUAUGAGCGCCUCCGCAGUGUUUCGAGGCCCCCGGCCCAACCCUGGGCUGCUGCUUCUGGGCCUGUUGUUUCUGCCAGCUGCGAUUGCCUUCACCACUGCUAGUCCUGAAGAAGGCGAUGAAGGUCUUCACUGUGUGUGUGUGAAGACCGUCUCCUCUGGGAUCCACCCUAAGCAUAUCACCGCCCUGGAGGUGAUCAAGGCAGGACGCCACUGUGCGGUUCCCCAGCUCAUAGCCACUCUGAAGAAUGGGAGGAAAAUUUGCCUGGACAAGCAAGCACCCCUAUAUAAGAAAAUAAUCAAGAAACUCCUGGAGAGCUAGGUUCUAACUGCCUAAAUCUGCAAUGUUUUAUGUGGGAUGCUGGAGUUCUGGCUAUUUUGAAUCUAACGGCAACCUUCCGAUGUUUAUAUUAUCCUUUGAGACUAAAUAAAUGCAAUGAACCAA